UUGUCAGAUAAUGACAUUUGUUGUGAAACAUUGUUGGCCACAAAUAUUUAUUUUAUCACCUCUAUCCAUGUUUAUAUUAUCAGUGAAGUUUGAUUACAAUCAAAUUAUAUUUUACCACAUGCAAUAUUAGAAUGAUAUUUUUGGUGGAAAAUCCUGGGAGCUAUCAAAAUCGACUAUUCUAUUGUCAGUCUACUGAAUGUCCUUGAGUGAUGUUUGAUUCGCGAUAGAGGAAAGCAGUGCUAUUUAGAAACUUAGUAUUUUAUUUUAAUUCACUGCAUCGAAUAAUGGAUAAUAAUGAUCAGUCGGAAUCGAUAGUGCUUUACGCCCCAGAAACCAAAGCAGCGGUUGCAGUUCCACGGUCGCAAAAAACGGAGGCACGAUGGACAUUCUGGUUGAUAACGGCCGGCAUCUGUACGACAUUUGGGGCGGCUAUUCCAACUGGUUAUAAUAUUGGAGUAAUAAAUGCACCAGCCAAUCUUAUAAAGGAGUGGUGUAAUGACACUAUAUAUGAGGCAUACGGGAUAACAUUCAAUGAAAACAGCUUGGACACAUUCUGGGCCACGGUUGUUUCUGUAUUCCUAGUUGGUGGAAUGAUAGGCUCACUGGGUGGUGCUUGGUUUGCUGAUAAGCUAGGAAGGAAAAAGUCAUUUCUCAGUUGUGGUAUACUGUUAGUUGUUGGAGGAAUUUGUUUUCAAUUCUGUCGAGCAGUCGGAUCUGUAGAACUGCUUCUGUUUGGGCGGAUGGCGGUAGGUCUGGCUGCCGGAUUGACAACAAGCACAGUGCCCAUGUACUUGACCGAGUUGGCUCCAAUCAACUUACGAGGUGCGUUAGGGGUAUUCUGCUCAAUGGGAGUCACAACUGGAGUAGUGAUAGGUCAAGUUAUGAGUUUAGAGGAAAUUUUCGGAACCGAAGAGCUUUGGCAAUUUGCUCUUAGCUUUUAUGUGAUAUUAGUAAUUAUAUUUUUUGUUCCGUACCACUGGCUCCCGGAAAGUCCAAAGUAUCUGUACGUAAUUAGAGAAAAACGAGACGAGGCAAUAAACCAAAUAAAAAGACUUGGUGGUAGAAAUACCCGAGAUGACUACAUCAAAGAACAGAUUGAUGCAAUGCGAAGUGAAGAUUCGCCUAGCGAAAUGUGUGAUAGCGACAAUGGACAAAUACAACCAAAUAAAUCCAAACAACGAAAAAUGUGGUCAGUGCUGACCGACUCGUCUUUGACACUGCCAUUAAUACUUGUUUGUGCCUUACAAGGAGGACAGCAAUUAUCCGGAAUUAACGCGGUAUUCUUCUACUCCGUAUCAAUAUUCGAAUCAGUUGGUCUUGACCAGAAAAACGCCAAAUUAGCAAAUCUUGGUGCAGGCUGUCUGAAUUUAUUUGUAGCUCUCUUCACGCCAAUGUUGAUGGAAAAAUUCAAUCGAAGAAUUCUUGCACUUCUGUCCUGUUCAAUGUGCGCUGUUUUUCUAUUUUGUCUGACUUUCGUUGUCUACUUCAUCGAGGAAAUUAGCUGGUUCUCGUAUGCUAGUAUAGCAGCGGUUUUGUUGUACAUACUUUUCUACCAAAUCGGUCUAGGUCCAAUACCAUAUUUUAUAGGAUCAGAACUUUUCGAAGUGGGUCCUCGCUCGGCCGCUAUGGCGUUAGGCAGUUUGUCAUCGUGGAGCUGCAAUUUUCUCGUCGCGAUGUCGUUCCUCAAUCUGCAGAGUAUAUGGGGAGCCUUUGUUUUCCUGCCAUUCGCUGUUACUUGUGUUUUGCUAGCCAUCUUACUUAAGCUGUAUUUACCAGAAACUAGAGGACGACACAUCUCCUCGAUUGUGCCUCUCAUAUCGAAUGGUUUCCGUUCGAAACCGCUGGUGCCUUGGACAGUGCAGUAGAACUAUCGUGUCCACUCAUAUUGUUAACAGCACCAACCUGCUCAAAUCGAAACGAACAAGCAACUCAAUAAAGUUUUUUUUAAAUAAAUU